GUUUACAUCCAUCCACAGUCUCUCUCUCUCUAUACCUACCUUUCGCUCUUUUCUUUUUUAGUUUAUCUCUUUACGAUUCGCUUCAGAUCCGAGCUUGGAAGAUUUCAAGCUCUCUCUAAGAAAGUCUCACACUUUUUGUUCCCGAAUCAAUCUCCCAAGUCAUGGCAGGAUCAGCACCAGAAGGCACCCAGUUUGAUACUCGUCAGUUUGACCAGAGGCUCAAUGAAGUCCUUGAGGGACAGGAUGAGUUCUUCACCUCCUAUGAUGAGGUCCAUGAGAGCUUUGAUGCCAUGGGUUUGCAAGAGAACCUUCUUAGGGGUAUCUAUGCCUAUGGUUUUGAAAAGCCUUCUGCUAUUCAGCAAAGAGGAAUCGUUCCCUUUUGCAAGGGUCUUGAUGUGAUCCAGCAGGCUCAGUCUGGUACUGGCAAAACCGCCACUUUCUGCUCUGGUGUCUUGCAGCAGCUCGACUUCUCCCUUGUCCAGUGCCAGGCUCUCGUCUUGGCUCCCACCAGAGAGCUUGCUCAGCAGAUCGAGAAGGUCAUGCGUGCUCUCGGAGACUACCUUGGCGUCAAGGUCCAUGCUUGUGUUGGUGGAACCAGUGUCCGUGAGGAUCAGCGUAUCCUCCAGGCCGGUGUCCAUGUUGUCGUUGGAACUCCCGGUCGUGUCUUUGACAUGCUCCGAAGACAGUCUCUUCGCUCCGACAGCAUCAAGAUGUUUGUCCUUGAUGAAGCUGAUGAGAUGCUCUCCCGUGGUUUCAAGGACCAGAUCUACGACAUAUUCCAGCUUCUCCCACCGAAGAUUCAGGUCGGAGUGUUCUCAGCCACGAUGCCGCCAGAGGCUCUCGAGAUCACAAGGAAGUUCAUGAGCAAACCGGUGAGGAUCCUGGUGAAGCGAGACGAGCUCACCCUCGAAGGUAUCAAGCAGUUCUACGUGAACGUGGAGAAGGAAGAGUGGAAGCUCGAAACUCUCUGUGACCUCUACGAGACCUUAGCCAUCACUCAGAGCGUCAUCUUCGUCAACACUCGCCGCAAGGUGGACUGGCUCACUGACAAAAUGAGGAGCCGUGACCACACGGUCUCAGCGACUCACGGAGACAUGGACCAAAACACGAGAGACAUCAUCAUGAGAGAGUUCAGGUCUGGCUCUUCCCGUGUCCUCAUCACGACAGAUCUCUUGGCUCGUGGUAUCGAUGUGCAGCAAGUGUCUCUGGUCAUCAACUUUGACCUCCCGACUCAGCCGGAGAAUUACCUUCACCGUAUCGGAAGAAGUGGAAGGUUUGGGAGGAAAGGUGUGGCCAUUAACUUUGUGACGAAGGAUGAUGAGAGAAUGCUUUUUGAUAUUCAGAAAUUCUACAAUGUUGUUGUUGAGGAGCUUCCCUCAAACGUUGCCGAUCUGCUUUGAAGAAGAAAGGAAAACCACCGUUGAAGAAGAAGAAGAAUAGGUUACUUGUUUCGCAAGCUUCUUAUUUUGAUUUUUGACCCAACUUUCUCUGUUUCUCUCUCUCUUUACUCAUCGAUACCUCUCGUCUCAUUUUCGAACAUAUAUAUGUCUCAUCUGAACAUGUUUCUUCUUAAUCUCAUGCAAUAUUUAUUUAUUUUCUC